AUGGUGGUCUGGGUUCAGUUCCCCGGACUACCAGUGCACUUCUAUCACAAAGAACUGCUCUUCACUAUGGGCAAUCUCCUAGGAAGAUCCAUUAAACUGGAUUAUCAUACACAACACCAACAGCGGGCAAAAUUUGCACGGAUGGCCGUUGAAGUUGACUUAUCAAAACCGCUGGUCCCGAGGAUCAGAUUAGACGGCAGGUGGCAGAAAGUUGAAUAUGAAAAUCUCCCUGUGGUCUGCUUUGAGUGUGGUAUAGUGGGUCAUACGAAUGUCUCUUGCCAUUCCAGGGACAAAGGCGCGAAAGUAGACACUAAGCCUGGUGCCUUGGCAACGGCGGUGGUUGUGGCCGGCGAGCCCUCGCCGGAGUCCAAUGCCGGCUUCGGACCUUGGAUGGUGGUGUCGCGCAAAUCACGGCGUAAUCAGAAUGAUACCGCCACAAAAGGUAAGACAGAGCAGGCUUUGGCGAUCACCAACGGGCAGAAGAAAGGUGAUGAAAGGAAAGCGAUCGAAAUUACGGGGAAAUCUUCAUCACAAAGAACAGGGAAUUCGCUGCAAAAGCAGAAACAAUAG